ACUUCCGAGACUCCGACUGUGUACGUAUUAUUAUUUCCGUUUCUAGUACAAAUCGUAAUUGUAUUGUUAUUAUUGUUCGUCACACGACAAACUAAUCUGGACACUUUUAAACUGUGGUGGUCACACCACGAGCACAAAUGGUAGUGGACACUAUUCUUGUUGGUACUGAACCUUGUCGGAGAUCGUUGUUCGGCUGAAACGUUGCAAUUAUAAUCAACAACCUAACUCUUUAGAAAAAUCACAAUGUAUAACCAAACAAGAUCAUCUAAUUCAGGUUUUAAAAUGCCACAAGCACCUCAACCGCAGCGUGUUCAAUCCGAGUCUUUGCUUUUCAAUGACAUUUCAGAGGAAAUCAACGCAGAUAUGCGUAAUCAAUUGCAUGACUUUUUGCAAGUACUACCAUACCGUAUAUUUAAAAUGGAAUUGGACAAUUUUUAUAAACGUAUUAAUCGUUUGAAGCAAGAAGGGCAGCAAAAUGGCACAAAUAUUUCACGGCUUACAAAUUGUUCCCAAAUGGUUCUGAGUAAUUCAAGGCCAUCAACAAGUUUCAGGGCACCAUCCACUAUGUCAUUAACAAGUUGUAUCCGUAACAAUACAAUUAGACAACCUGAAAGUAAUUUUCAACAUAAUACUUUAAAUCCAUUUAAGCCACUUGUACACGUUGCUCAUAAAUCUAAUGAAGUACUACUACCACAUGCAAACCAAUCAAACUAUGUUUCUCAAGGUUCAUCUAAUAUGUAUACUACAAUUGUUGAAGUUAGCCAUAAUAAUAAUGAUACAGCUGAAACUGACGAUAAUCGUGAACAUUUGAAUCCACCUGAAACUGUUUUUAAAUGUCCAUCUAAUCCAAAAGAUGCAUAUUCAGAUAUGACAAUUGUGGUUGAAAAUAAAUCACCUUCUGCUUCACAACAAAAUGAAAAUAUAAAUAAUGAUAGUAAUUCCAUAGAUUCUCUUCUUAAAGCUGUUGGAUUUAAAAUAGAUGUUGGAUUACCUGAUGAAAAUAAGACAACCGGGAGUAAUGCUAAUGAAAAUAAUAGUAAACUCCUUGAAAAAUAUCUAUCAAAGUGGUCUAUCAACAUGAAGAUAAUCAAAUCCAAAAAACCUUGUGUAUUAUUAACCGGCACUUUAUUGGAAGCGGAUCGAUUAACUAUAACAGAAGAGAAGCAUAAUGCUGGUGUUAUAAUAAGUCGAAAAGAAAAAGAUUUAGUAAAGACAAAUAAUGGCUUAUAUCGUUUACUAGGAAAAAUAAUUGGUGGAUCUCCAAAUGAAUUAUACCAAGAAUGUUUAUCCAAUGAUGGUGUUCCAAUGAGAUGGAGAAAAAUUAUAAGUAAACACUCUGAUGUUAAUAAAAACCCCAAAAGAAUUUUAAAUCUUUCAUUGAACUCUCCUGCUGCACCAAUUAUAUCAAUAAAACCACCAAAGAAGACUGUAAAUCUUGAUAUGAGUAUGACAAGAGCCGGUAAAAUUUAUAGCCACAAUAUAAUACCUCAUAGAAAAAGAAAAAAUCCUGAUGAUGAAGUCUCUUGUAAAAGUAAAACUAAGUAUGCUGCAUUUAAUGAAAAAUCACCAUUGCUUGCAUCAACACCUAAAAGACCUAAAAAACAGCCUGUGAUGUAUGAAACUCCUACUCAAAUUUUAAAGAAGAAGUUACAUCAAAAUAUACAAAAAGAAACAAAGAGCCGAACACUAAAAGAGAUUGAUGAUUCCAUUAAAGUAACAAAAAAAAGGCGUUCUGGUUCAAAAGAGCAGGCUGGCAAAUUAUUGAAACAAAAAUCACCUAUCAAAACGCCUCAAUUUAUGAGUAGUGCUAACAGUUCUAAAAGUUCCACCAAAAAAAGUAUCCUACAACAAUCAUCGCUUAAACUGUCAAUAAAUUCUACCAAAAGCAGUGGAAAACAAACUCCACUAUCUGAAAGAAAUGAAAAAACUAAAAAUAAAAUAAAACCAAAUGUCAAAACCAAGUCUACCAAAAUUAUCGAAACUGUUAAACCUUUAAGCCACAGUGAAUUAAAAAAGAAUGUUGAUAAUUCCAAAAAUUUUAAAGGCGAAGUUGCAGAAAUACAGAAAAAAGUAAAACGCCCAAAUAGUCCUGUAUCUGGGAUUUUUGGUGAUAUCAACUUUGAUAGUUUUGACAACUCUAACAUGACUAUGAACGUUAUGUUGUCUCCUGGCAAAUUAAGUGUGGUAUCAGGAUCUGAAAAAUCUAGGUGCGAAACACCACCAUUGUUUGGUCUUCAAUGGAACUCAGGAACCAAGUCUCUAGUCGUGAGUGAGCCACCAACACCACUUGGUAAGUUAGUCGAAGCCAAAGCUUUAAAACGUGUAAAACCACCCAAAAUAACUGUAGAUGAAGAAAUCAAGAAAAUUAAGAGAAAUAAUAAAUCACUUGAUUUUAAAACCAUAACCAAGGAAAUGAAUAUGUUGUUACAGUUUGGUAGACAAGAUAAUGAAUAUUAAUUAAUAUAUUAAUAAUUAUUAAUUAAGAUUAAUCUUACAUAUUUUAUUGAUCUUAGAUUUUUUUUCAUUCUUAUUAUUUGAUUGUUGUUGUUUUUCCCAUCACCAGUUAUUUAAAUAGUUGCUAAAUGGUAAUAUAGUUUUG